AAUGACAUAAAUCAAACAGAUCUCAAUUUUACGAACCAUGUUAGGUAUUUAAAUUGCAAAUAAACCUUAAAAAGAACGUUGCACACUCAAUAAAUGAUUUUAACACAAUGGAUCCAUCACCGGACAUGAUGGAACCAUCAAUAAAAAAGUCUAGCGUAAAAUUAGAAGAUAGUUUUCCAUUCGAUGUCUUAGCAACUCUUUUCUGCUGCUAAACCAACCAUGCAGAAAACUCCAGGAAAGUCGAACAUCGCUGGGAGUGACUUCCAUCGGAAGCGUGUUAUGCCAAACAUUCCACGACCCAUUAAACCGAAACCUUUUAGCAACCAAAAUAUAAAAUGUGACCUCGACGCCAAUGAAAACACUGAAGAUGGCAAGAACAGAAAAAAAUCUCACCCACAAGAAGCUGCAGCUAAAACAAAGAAAGAUAAAAAUAAAUAUUUUGGUCCUGCAGAAAAUGCACCAACCAAACCUAUUAUAGAAUGCUUUAUUGAUAAGAACUUCGUAAACAAUCCCGUCAUCAUUGAAUCUAGAAUGAAGAAAUGUACUCCUAUCAAGAAGAUAAACUUUAAUGUACCAAAAGAUGAGAAAGUCAAAUCGGUGCACUAUGACGAGGCCAUGGAUUGGCGGGACUACCACCAGCUGUCAGUUAUUUACAAAUUCAUGGAUGACUUGGAAGCUGACUUCCCCGCACUGUGCACUACGGGGAUCAUUGGCACGUCAGUCGAAGGUCGAGGGCUGAAGAUCCUAAAGAUUUCUAACAGCAACGCAAGCAACUCAGCGGUGUGGGUGGACGCGGGCAUUCAUGCGCGUGAGUGGAUCGCGCCCGCCGUCAACACGUUCCUCGCCAACCAUAUCAGCAGGAACUUUGAUACGCUUCCAGAGUGCAUCAGAAAUAAGGACUGGUAUUUUCUACCAGUGGUGAAUCCAGAUGGGUACCACUACUCGCACACCACUGAUCGCAUGUGGCGUAAAAAUCGUGCGUGGCACCGCGGUCAAUGCGUGGGAGUAGACCUUAACAGAAACUUCAGUAUCGGUUGGGGUGGCCAUGGAUCAUCAGAUCAACCCACAAAUGCAUUCUACAGAGGUCCUGAACCAUUCUCUGAGCCAGAAUCAUCAGCUAUAAGGGACAUAUUCAUGAACUCAGGAAUAAACUUCAAGGUGUAUAUAACACUCCACAGCUACGGACAAAUCAUAAUAUUCCCGUACGCAUGCAGUCAUGAACUGGCUCCAGAUUAUGUACGUCUUCUCCAAGGGGCCACUGCUAUGUCAAAGGCCAUUUAUGAUACCAAUGGUAAUACAUACAAAGUGGGCAUUUCAAGAGACGUCAUGUAUGGAGCAGCCGGCACCAGCAAUGACUUUGCACACGCAGCAGCCGGCAUACCUUACUGCUACCUUAUAGAACUUAGAAGCAAGAAACACAAGUUCAAACUACCAAAAGAACAAAUACAAGAAACUGGUAACGAAAUAUACAACUGCGUUGAAGCACUGAUGGAAUUUGUUGAUUCCUACAAACCUAAGAAACACGCACACAAAGAAAAGAUAUUAAUAAACAAGAAAGAGCCGACAUUCAAUAAAAGCUUUCCCGAUAUGGCUCCGAGCGCUUCCCACAUAAGAAAACGUGAAUCUUACGAUAAGAUAACCUAUUCUUAUGCAAAGAAAAGUGAUUCUUUCGUGCAAAGGGACAACUCUUAUAUUAGAUGGCCUAAUGUAGCCUUGAAGAAGGAAAAUCCUAACCAUAUGAGUGAUAACUUUACUAAAGUCGAUAGUGGUAGCCUCGACCAUUAUCUAGACAAUGGAAAUGAAGUUCCAGCACAAACAGUAGAAUCUGAUGAUGAUGGUGAUGAGGAUGAUGAUGAUGAUUCCUUUGAUGGCAUGAAAUUUAUCAGACUUUCAAGUGACAACAGCGGAUCAUUUUUGCACUUGAAUAAUCCGACCAGUCGAAAAAAUAAUAGAUUUCGUAGCUCUAGGGGUUCUUACCUGCACAAAACAGAUUCUUACGAGAAGCAAACUAGUUCCCGACACAAUAAAGGUGCAGAAAAAGCUGAUUCUUUCUGUUAUGUGGAUGAUAUUUUCUUAAAGGGAUCUACUCAUGACUUGGAUAGUGAAAUUUUCCUCUUGGCAGACAGUCAAUCGCCUCCCAAUAAUGGCAGUCAGACCAUAAUUAAUAAAAGAGAGUCUUUAAAUAAGUUUGAUGUAUUCACAAAAGAAACCAAUACUCAGGUGUAUCCUGAAAAGAGUAAUACUCUAUUGAACUCUGAUGAUUCUAUCUGGCAGAGAGAGAAUUCACUGGUAUUGCAAAACUUAUCCGAACAGAGACAACACGCGAAUAAAGGGCCAAAUGUAAUUUCUUCUGCUUUUCGAAGGUAUGCAUGUGUAGACAUUUCAAUAAAUAUAUGGAAAGAAGAACGUAGUACAAUGGAUAUUAUGGUGAACGGCCCUCGGGCUGCCCAAGUGGCUGGAAUACUCCAUGAAAGGGACAUACCAUACUCAAUAGCCAUACCUGAUGUUGCCGUCUUGCUUGAAAGGGAACAGGGCCAUGUGUUGUCAAAGACCUUCAAGAGGUCUUCUACUUUCGGAGACCAUAAGAAGAUGGAUUGGCAGAGUUACCACAGACUGGACACCAUUUAUGAGUUUAUGGACAACCUGGUUAUUGAAUAUCCGUACUUGUGUUCAGUCAUCGUCAUCGGGAAAUCAUCGGAAGGGAGGGAUAUAAAAAUGUUAAAAAUAUCGAAUGGCAACGAGAACAACGUGGGCGUCUGGGUGGACGGUGCCAUACAUCCUCGGGAGUGGAUCAGCCCAGCAGUGGUCACGUACAUAGCCGAUAGGAUAGUCAGGACUUUUAAUGAACAACCUGAAAGCGUCACCAAUAAGGACUGGUACAUCCUACCAGUGAUGAAUCCAGACGGCUACGAGUACACUCACACACACGAUAGGAUGUGGCGAAAGAAUCGAAGGCGCUUCGGGGAGUGUGUGGGAGUAGAUCUAAAUAGAAACUUCAGCUACGGUUUCGGUGAGAAAGGAGAAGAAGGGUCGUCAGAUGACCCUGGUAACGUGUUCUACAGAGGACCGAAAGCCUUCUCCGAGCCAGAGACUGCUGCUGUUAGGCGCCAAAUACUGGAAGCUAAGACGAAUUUCAAGGUGUUCCUGUCGUUUCAUAGUUACGGAGAAGUCAUCAUAUUCCCAUGGGGCUACACUAGUGAACCUUGUCCUGACUACGUUGAGCUGCUAGAAGGAGGCACGGCUAUGGCUAAAGCAAUCUUCAACACAAACGGUCGCACAUACAAAGUUGGAAGCACAAAAGACCUUAUGUACUAUGCAUCAGGGACUAGUAUCGACUGGAGUUAUGCCGUCACGAACAUUCCGUACUCUUACAUGAUAGAACUUAGAGGGAAGACUCACAGAUUUUUGUUACCCAAAGAAGAAAUCAUUUCCACUUCCACAGAAAUAUUAAAUGGUGUGUUAAGACUUAUGGACUUUGUAGACAGACGAUGCACGGGAACACAGUCUUGUGUCUGUCCGAAAUAAACAAUGGAUAUGUAACAAACAGAAUCUUUUGAGAUCUAGAAGUAACUGAGACCACUGUAAAAUACAUCUUAAUUACAUUGAUACAGAGACGAAAUAAAAUAAUAAGUGACAAGAAAAUUCUAGUUUAAACAAACCAUUAUACUUUAAAGAACCAGUUUCAAUGGUCUGGGUUACUUCUUGAUCUGAAUCUCUAUCAACAGUGACAUUUAUACCAAUCAAGUUUUGCAACCUACUUUUAAGUUAUUGUUUCAAAUUAAUACACUAUUUAUUACGAAAAAGUUUCAACGUAGCAUUUUUCAAUUACCAUUCCUGUGACAUGUUUACCAAGGAUUUUUUUCCAAAGAUGUACAAUUUCCCAGUUUGAAUAGUCUAAGUACAAGAAGUGAGGUCUUACAAUAUUGUAAUAAAUAUAACGUAAAUAGUGUAAAUAAUAGCUGCUUGUACAUUAA